UACCUAUUUAAGGAUUCAUUUAAAAUUAUAUUUGUUUCUUUUGAUGUCAACAUUAUUUUAAAUUUAUUAUGAUGGAAGUAUUAAAAAAUCUUCAUAAACCUUUUGAUUUACUACCAGAUGAAAUGGUUGUGUAUGCAUUAAGCUUUGUUGAUGCAGACACCCUUUUGGAUUGUAGACUUGUGUGCAAAAGAUGGCGAGAACUUAUAGAUGCAUAUGUAUUUCAAGAAAAAGCUUCACGAGAAAAUGAAUUUGUGAAUAAUGGUCGAGGGUACUACAGUUUCUCUCAAAUUGAUUCCAAUAGUGUCAGAAAAUUAGAUUUGCCGUGGUACGUGUUUCAUGUUAUAUGCAAAUAUGAUCCAUUCAAUAGAAAUUUGGUGAAAAACCAUUGUGGACAAAAUGAAUUCAAACAUUGGAAUAUUACCAAUGAUCAUAAUUGGUGGACAAUUGAACAAACACCACAAGGUGCACCUUUAUUACCUGAAGAUCCUGAUUUUGAUGGGCAUACAAGCUGUUUCGUAUCGACGUAUCGCUUGUGUUCAAAAAGGCAAAAAAUCACAUUCAAAAAUUAUGGUUUAAAUGAUACUGUGAUGAGACUUCUUCAACCUGAAAUUUCAGUUAGUGAAUGGUAUACUGGUCGUUUUGAUUGUGGUUGCAAAUAUGCAUUGAGGGCAACUGUUCAUGAUGGGAAUGAUAAGCUAAUAGAACAACACAAUUACAAUGAUGUUUUACCUCAGUGGGAGGCUAAUAUUUGGACAAAAGCUUCACAUUCAUUUAAAAAUCAGAGCAAUGCAUCUCACUUAAUACUUUAUCAUUCUGGAGUAGACACACAGUAUUGGGCUGGUCAUUAUGGUACCAAAAUAUCUGGCUCUGUAGUUAAAAUUAUAUUACCAAUAAAAUUUAAAUGUGCUACCGAGUCUUAGAUACAUAUUUUAAUUAUAUG